ACUGGAGGGGAGGGGGGCGCGCUGAUGUCCUCUCUGGUGCACUCAGCCAACCUUUGCUGUUGUAAGGUAAAGCGGGUGGUAUCCUGGUGUACCGUGGCAAAGGGUUCGCUGAAAGAACCGGAUUUGAAUUCACCGGAGACACCUGAUUGAUAGUUUUGUUUUUUGUUUUUUUGUUUUUUGCUUCGGAGUGAUUUGGCACCCACGUUACGCAUGGAAUGGUUUUGGGGGGAUUGGAGUAGAAAUGCAGCGCCGCACUUUCAGCCCACAACAAGAACCAUGCCCAGCUUACACUGCAAGCAAAUCUGUGACAUCCUGUUUUAUCCCUUACGACUUUGAUAUGAGUGAGAUUUGCUUGGAUACCGACGAGGAGUGAAGAAAAGAAACGCACCGCACAAGCCGAGGGACGCUGUUUUUCGCUGCAGACGCUUGAGUUCCGAGAACCUCUGCAUUUAGGAAUCUUUUUUGAUGGAGCUGGAGAACAUAGUAGCCAACACUGUACUGCUAAAAGCGAGAGAGGGUGGAGGAGGCAAGCGGAAAGGGAGGAGCAAAAAAUGGAAGGAGAUCCUCCGCUUUCCUCACAUAAGCCAGUGUACUGAACUGGGAAACAGCAUCGACAGAGACUAUGUGAGCAUCUGUGAGAAACAGCCUAUCGGACGGCUACUGUUCCGUCUUUACUGUGAGACCAGACCGAAACUACAACGAUGCAUCCAGCUACUGGACGCAAUGGAAGACUAUGAGGUGACGCCUGAUGAAAAAAGAAAAAGCAGAGGCGACCAGAUCAUCAAGACCUUUCUCUCAAAACAAUCACCUCAGCGUGUAGACAUAGCGGAGGUUUUUGCAGACCAGUGCAGAGAGAACCUCGAGCUCAGUCCAUGUAAGGAGAUCUUCAACAACUGCCGCAAGGCCGUCCACGACUACCUGAGCGCAGCUCCGUUCGCGGACUACCAGAACAGCAUGUACUUUGAUCGCUUUCUGCAGUGGAAGAUGCUGGAGAGGCAACCGAUCACUAAAGACACGUUCAGACAGUACCGAGUGCUGGGGAAAGGGGGAUUCGGAGAGGUAUGUGCCUGCCAGGUCAGAGCAACGGGGAAGAUGUACGCCUGCAAGAAGCUGGAGAAGAAGAGGAUCAAGAAGAGGAAAGGAGAGUCCAUGGCGCUCAACGAGAAGCAGAUUUUAGAGAAAGUCAACAGUAGAUUUGUUGUGAGCUUAGCGUACGCGUAUGAGACCAAAGACGCCCUCUGCCUGGUGCUGACCAUCAUGAACGGCGGAGACCUGAAGUUUCACAUCUACAACAUGGGCACCCCGGGCUUCGAGAAAGACAGGGUCCAGUUUUAUGCUGCUCAAAUCGGCUGCGGACUCGACCAUUUGCACAAGGAAUCUAUUGUCUACAGGGAUCUGAAACCAGAGAAUAUCCUAUUAGAUGACAAUGGACACAUUCGCAUUUCUGACCUGGGGCUAGCCAUCAAAGUGCCUGAUGGAGAACUGAUUAGAGGCAGAGUGGGGACUGUGGGCUACAUGGCUCCGGAGGUGAUAAACAAUGAAAAGUACGGCAUGAGCCCUGACUGGUGGGGACUGGGCUGCCUCAUCUAUGAAAUGACUGCUGGCCGAUCGCCCUUCCGCGCCCGCAAAGAGCGAGUGAAGCGGGAGGAGGUGGAGAGGAGGGUGCAGGAGGAGGAGGAGGAGUACAGCGACAAGUUUACGGAGGACACCAAGGCCAUCUGCAGAAUGCUGCUCACCAAAGACCCCAAGCAGAGGCUGGGGUGCAAGGCGGACGGAGCAGCGGGCAUCAAGGCCCACUCGUUCUUCAAAAACAUUAACUUCAAAAGGAUGGAGGCUGGAAUCGUGGAGCCUCCCUUUGUGCCUGACCCUCGGGCAGUGUACUGUAAGGAUGUUUUGGACAUAGAGCAGUUCUCCACAGUCAAGGGAGUAAAUUUGGACCAAACUGACAACGACUUCUACUCCAAAUUUGCUACAGGCAGUGUUUCCAUCCCAUGGCAAAAUGAGAUGAUAGAAACCGAGUGUUUCAGAGAUUUGAAUGUGUUUGGAUCUCAAGGGACGAGACCUCCAGAUUUGGACUGGAAUCAGCCACCUGAGCCGCCCAGACGCAGCCUGCUGGACAGGAUCUUCAGGAGGCAUCACCCAGAGGUGUCUAUCUCCAACAGCCGUGCACAGUCUUCCAGCGUAAACUCUGUGGACUCCAUGUCCAACUCUGCCCCCUAGUGGCACCGUGACAGUGUGGGAGCCACACAUACAAAGGGAAGGAGCUCCGAAAGGGCUUCCCCGCUGCUGAUUGGUCCACAGCUGGGGCCUGAGCAGCAGCCGGAGACAGCCUGUCUAAAAGCCUAAAUGGUCAGCCCAUGGGGAGGGAGGGGGGGAUGACCAGGCCCUGAGACCCUGGGCAUUUGUGGUAGGAUGGUCAAUGUUGCAGAGACGUUUGGAAAUAUUCAGACAAACCUUACAUACCCUCAGGAUUGUUGGACUACAGAACAGAGCCACUGAUGUUGAUGAAAACAAAAAAGGAUAGAAAACAAGCUAAUAUUCAGGGGAUCCACUGUAUAAUAAAGACCACCACAGGGAAGAGAAGAUGGGGUCUUGGUGAAUUAUUAUUUUUUUUUGUUUAGUUUUUUCAGGAAAGGAUUUUUUUUUUUUUUCAGUCAUUUUCAGUCUUGUACUUUCUGGCUUGUACCUUGUACCAGUAUCUCUCCAUCCAUACAUCCAUACAUCCGCAUCCACCGAGUCUCACCGUCUUUCACAACUCUUAACUUAUUCUUUCCUCUGUAUUUCACCUCCCAUACCUCAGAUUACUGCUAAACAUUCAGAACACGUCACCUCAACAACCUCAACACAUGAUGUACAUUGCCUUGCAUACACUCAGGCCAAAGAUUCCAGUUUAGACUUGUGAUACUGUUGUCAAGUUGAAUUCUUGGUUUUUGAAGGUUUUUAGCUGUCGUUUAGAACCACAGGAGGAUCAGCGCGCGCGAUCCGUUUUAUACACUUUUCUCUAAUUAUGAGCCUGCAGACAUAUCAUAUCGCUUAAAGCACACAUACAUGCAGCACACACAAUCAGAUUGAUGCACACGCACACACGCGCGCACACACACACACACACACACACACACACACACACACACACACACACACACACACACAUACACGGAAUUGUGAGAAUCGUGUUGUGUUUUCAUUGCAUGGACAUGUGUAAGUAUGGACAGCUGUAUCCCUUUCGCUUCUGCAUACCUCAUUCCACUGAUGUUACCAUUGUAUACACAUACAGGCGUCUCCCUCGGUUUACAGUGUCACUUUAUAUUUGACAUUAUGUGGAGUCUGAAAAACAAAUUAAUAUGCUGUACAGAAACGGAGAUCCUCCUUUUUUUUCUUUUUUUUUUCUUUUUUUUUUGUUCAUUGCUCAGUUUUCUGCACAGUCCCCCCCGUGCAGUGGAGAGGAACACAUGCACUCAGCCUGACUUGCAAAGUUGCACAAUUUAAACUAAUGUCAUGCUGUUUUGUUACCAAAUGAAAAUGUUUUACCUCUGAUCAUUAAGGCACAUCGUUGUAUUGAUAUUGUCACAUGCCUCUUGUUUUCUACAUCCAAAACUAAAGUGUUCUUGUUCUCCCAAUGCCUUUUCCACUUUCAAAAAAAAAAAAAAAAAAGAGAGAGAUGAUAUUGCUGCAUAGCCAUUGCUGUCUCAUGUACAGGUUUUUCGUAUUUUACCCCUUUACAAUUCACGUGCUCUUCAAAAUGCCUCACAAAUCAAAACGGUCUUCCUCCUGUUUUGUGUCCACCAUAAUCAAAGACACAGGGUAUCGAUGGCUAUGUGUAGGUUUAUCUUUUUCUCUUUGAGCAGUCCAGUUCAUUCACGUCAGAGCAGAGGAGGAGGAGGAGAGGAAGACUCCAGAAGAUCCCGCGAGCACCACACAAAGAAGUGCCCUUCUCACAGCAGUGCAGCCGAUUAAAUGAGAGGAGAAGCUAGGUGAAACGUGCUAUUCCCCCCUGUUUGAGGCGGUGAAAGCUGGUCCCAUGCGGUAAUUUUAAUAAUCGUCCUUAACGAUCUCACACUAGUCUGUUUUGUUUUCUUUGCGUACUUGAUAAAAAAAAAAGUGAUUCUGAAUCAGAUUGAAGUGCCUCCUUGUAAGCAUGAUCUCGCAGACAAUGCCCACACAGACAUCAGCACUUUGUUUAUUCUCCGACUGCGGUGAUCCGUUUGUUUUCGCUGGGCGACACGUCGACGCAAAUACAAACCGGUUCACACCGUUUGUUGGAAGUGAAGGGAAGGAGGAGUAAAGGGUGGAGAGGAAGGAGUCAAUGAGGGAGUUUCCCCUCUUAAUGUGAUGUACAGAAAAGUGCUGAGUGCAUGUGAAAGCCAAACCCACUGUGUCCUUCAAGUCCCAAUAAACUCUGUACUAUAGUUUGAGUACUCCA